AUGGAAACUCCCAAUAGUAGUACCAACAGCAAGGGUGUGAAGGUAGAUUCAUACGAUUGGGAAUCCAAUUUCGACUCUUGUUCUAGUUCGGAAGAUUCGCAGAGUAAUACAUUUGUUUCUGAAGAUGAAGAUAAUGAUGUGGAUGGGGAAAAGGAAGGGGAAGGGUCAGUUUCCAGUGUAGAUGAUAGUUUUCGCUUGCUCACUGAUAUGGAGAUUAUGGAAAUGAAAUUUGUUUCUGAAGAUGAUGCUGGUCAAUUCUACAAUGCAUAUGCCAAGGCAAUUGGUUUUAGCGUACGCAAAUAUAAAAGUAGACCACAAAAAGGCAAUGAAAUGUACGUAAGGUGGAGGACUUGGGUUUGUUCUGGGGAAGGUAAGAGAAAUAAGAAGCAUUUAGAACGCACUGAUCGAAAACGACGUCAUAAAGCUGAAACAAGAACUGGUUGUGGUGCUAAAUUACGGGCUUGCCGUAUGAGCAAAACCAUGAAAAAUUACGUUGUCACAGAGUUUGUGUGUACCCACAAUCAUCCCUUAGCAGCACCACAUUGUGUUCCCUUUCUGCGAUCGCAUAGACGUGUGGGUGAUACAGACAUAGCUCAGUCUGGGGGUUUCCAUAAUCUGGGGUUCACUGUAAAAGAUUUGCAUAACAAAUUGCAUAGCAUUCGUAAAGAAGAAAUAAGAAAUGGGGAUGCUGAGGGUGCAUUAGGAUACUUGUCUGCUCAAGUAAGUAAUGAUCCGUUAUUUUUCUUCAAGUACACUGUUGACGAGGAUGACCGGUUGGAGACACUUUUCUGGACAGAUGGGAGGUCUAAGAUGGAUUAUGCUGCAUUUGGAGAUGUGUUAAUUUUCGACACGACCUAUCGAACCAAUGCUUACAAGAAGCCAUUUGUCAUACUGGCAGGUGUGAGUAAUAACUUUACAACGACCAUAUUUGCUUGUGCGUUGAUGUCGAAGGAGAUGGAGGAUACGUACAAUUGGUUUCUUUCAACAUUUUUAGAGGCUAUGGAUGGUAAAUGGCCCAUCUCGGUAGUCACAAAUGGUGAUUUGGCGAUGCGCAAUGCAAUUAGAAACAUUUUUUCUGAUGUAAGGCAUCGCCUAUGUUCGUGGCAUCUGGAGCGAAAUGCCGUUAAAAAUGUUCACAUACCGGAAUUCAUAUCUGACUUUACCAUUUUGAUGCAAAUGGAAUGUGAUGUUGAAGAAUUUGAAACUCUUUGGGCUGAUAUGGUAUCACACUACGGCCAUUUGAAACUCUUUGGGCUGAUAUGGUAUCACACUACGGCCUAG